GCCUUUCUGAGGCAGUUAGGGCUUCAGAUGAUGUCCUGGUGCACCCAGUCUCAGACUCGCCCUCACCUCUGCUUGACCUUAGUCAGUCUAGAGCAAACUGUAAAACAGCUGCAGGGACUUUAGUGAGAUAGGAGGGAGGUCUGAAAAAUAGGUGAGGGAGAAUCCUUCGUUUCUGUUUUCCUUGGAAAAAUUCCUCCACCAAAAGUCCCUAGCAUAUUAAAUUCUGUCUGCGUCUUGAAGACUUAAUGGUUUUGUACAUCUUGGCUCUCUGCAUCUGGAGGGAAGAAUUGAAGGCAGACGGAAGGGGAUGAAGAAAUUUAGUGUAGAAAAUCUCAGGGAUAGGGAGUGGGGAAGAAAGGAAAUAACAGUUACUAGGAUAUAUUUGUAGGUGGGGGCAGGAUGACAAAGAGUGGAAAGAGAUCGCGAAAUAAGGAUAGAUAGCCAAGUAUUAGGGUGGGGACAGAAUGUGAAUGUCAUUUGGCGAAGUUGAUUAUACUUUUAGUGCUUUUCCAGAAGUUUUCCAAAUGAUUGGGGUGGGUGGGGAACUAGACUAGAGAUGACAGCUUGGGUGCUGGAGAAAUAGGAUGGGAACAGCCUGGGUGGCUAAAGUAGGAAGACGCAGAACUAAAGAAAAAUCUUUUUUCUCCCGAUGGUCCUCGGUGUUUCUUAUAAUACUGUACUUAAUUUAUUCUCUAGUGCUGUGCCAAAAAGUUAGUUUAAUAUAAAGAAUCUCUUUUUUGAUCCACCGCUUGCCUUUUUCCUGUCUCAGUAAGCUGUUUGCCUUAGAAUAGGCUUUGGAGCUCUCCCCGUCUCCUUGUUGACUUGUUCACGGUAGAAAAGUGUCAGGACACAGAUUUGAUACAAAAGGAGACCAAUUCCAGGAACUGCACAGGAAAACAGCCACACCGCUUUACGGAGCAAGUAUCCAUUGUGUGAUGUGUGUGCACACACAUGUCUGCACCUUUCCCUGAAAGAGCUGCUUGGAGGCAAUGCACUUGUGCAGAAAGUUUCAUGUGUUGCUAGAGUGUGAUCUUUCUCUUGGAGUCUUUUUUUUUUUUUUUUUUUUUUUGUCACAUUGAAAAAAUAAUGGAUCUGCAUACCCCUGAGGCAUUUUGGAAUUAUUUUCCACCUGUUUCUGUUUGGCUCUGCAAAAGGAGUAAAAUAACUUGGGAAUUUUAUGAUUGGAAAAGGACUUCUGCUUCCUAAAGAUACUUCUGUUUACUGUUGGGUUCUCGUAUCGGUCGUAUUAUUUUCUGACCCGGGCUGGGCCCCCUGUGACAUAAGCAUUAGGAACUGAAUUGUGUCAGCACUGCUACUUAAGGCGUUUAUCCUAAUCCAGGUGUCCUUGGAUCGUGCGGUGCCAAUGAGCAAGGUGGUGGUGCUGAUUGCAGACCUGGGCUGCAGGUGUGAGUUCUGGAGAGCUCUGUGAUUACCCAGUGAAAACAUUACCAGUAAAUCAUAAGCUGUAACCAUGACCACUGAAGUAGGCUCCACUUCUGAAGUGAAGAAAGAACCUGAACAAUUAGGAGCAGACACAGAUACAACCAAGGAGAAAACGAAAGAAGUAGCAGAAAAUCAGCAGAAUCAGUCCUCCGAUCCAGAGGAGGAAAAAGGUUCCCAGUCAUCUCCUACAGCUGAAAGCCAAAGUAGUCCACACCGCCAGAAGAGAGAGAAGGAUCCAUCGGAGAGCAGGGGAAUUUCUCGAUUCAUACCCCCAUGGCUUAAGAAACAAAAGUCCUAUACCUUAGUAGUGGCCAAAGAUGGAGGAGAUAAAAAAGAGCCUACCCAAGCUGUUGCUGAGGAGAUUUUAGAUAAAGAAUCUCUUCCUGAAGGAGAGAGGCAGGCCAAGGGUGAUGCCGAAGAAACCGCUCAGAGGAAACAACAGGAGAUUAAAGUUGAUGUCAAGGAAGAGAAACCAGUGAGCGGUCCUGUGGCACAGCCUGCUGAUGAAGUAAGUAAGGAGAGAGAAGAGAAGGCUAAGGAAAUACAGGAAGACAAAUCAGAAGCAAAAAGGGAGACCAAGGAAGUGCAGACCAAUGAGCUAAAGUCAGAGAAGGCUUCUCAGAAAGCCACCAAGAAGGCCAAAACUGUCCAGUGUAAAGUGACCCUCCUAGAUGGCACCGAGUACAGCUGUGACCUGGAGAAAUGUGCGAAGGGACAAGUGUUAUUUGACAAAGUGUGCGAACAUCUCAAUCUCUUGGAAAAGGACUAUUUUGGACUUUUAUUUCAGGAAAGCCCUGAACAGAAAAACUGGCUAGAUCCUGCAAAAGAAAUAAAGAGACAGCUACGAAAUCCUCCUUGGCUGUUCACCUUUAAUGUGAAGUUUUAUCCUCCUGAUCCUUCUCAGUUGACUGAAGAUAUCACCAGAUACUUCUUGUGCCUUCAGCUCCGGCAGGACAUUGCCUCCGGCCGCCUGCCCUGCUCAUUUGUGACUCAUGCCCUCCUGGGAUCCUACACGCUGCAGGCUGAACUUGGGGACUAUGAUCCAGAAGAACAUGGCAGCAGUGACCUCAGUGACUUCCAGUUUGCCCCCACACAGACGAAGGAGCUGGAAGAGAAGGUGGCAGAGCUGCAUAAAACCCACAGGGGCUUAUCUCCAGCACAAGCUGAUUCUCAGUUCUUAGAAAAUGCAAAGAGGCUCUCCAUGUAUGGCGUUGACCUACAUCAUGCCAAGGACUCGGAAGGCGUGGACAUCAAGCUGGGUGUGUGCGCUAACGGGCUUCUCAUUUACAAAGACAGACUGAGAAUCAAUCGUUUUGCUUGGCCGAAAAUCUUGAAAAUUUCCUAUAAGCGCAGUAACUUCUACAUUAAAGUUAGGCCAGCAGAGCUCGAACAAUUUGAGAGCACCAUCGGAUUCAAACUGCCAAACCAUCGGGCAGCAAAAAGGCUAUGGAAAGUGUGCGUGGAACAUCAUACUUUCUACAGGCUUGUGUCUCCAGAGCAGCCACCAAAGGCCAAGUUCCUGACCCUGGGGUCCAAAUUCCGCUACAGCGGCCGCACCCAAGCCCAGACCCGCCAGGCAAGCACCCUCAUUGACAGGCCAGCGCCACACUUUGAGCGUACCUCUAGCAAACGGGUCUCCAGGAGUCUAGAUGGAGCUCCAGUUGGUGUUGUUGAUGAAAGUCUUAUGAAGGAUUUUCCUGGCCCUGCUGGGGAGGUUUCAGCAUAUGGCCCCGGAGCUGUCAGCACCGCCAUGGUACAGGAUGGGGAUGGCAGAAGGGACCUCAGGAGCCCGACUAAAGUCCCACAUGUGCAAUUCGUUGAAGGAAAGAAGAAUUCCUUGAGAGUAGAAGGGGAUAAUAUUUAUGUCAGACAUAGCAAUUUAAUGUUGGAGGACCUCGAUAAGGCCCAGGAGGACAUACUGAGACAUCAGGCUAGCAUUAGUGAACUCAAGCGCAAUUUUAUGGAAUCCACACCUGAGCCGCGCCCUAAUGAAUGGGAAAAACGACGUAUCACACCUCUGUCCCUACAGACACAAGGGAGCAAAGGAGACCAUCUUUUCAAGGAUAUUUUAUCCGUGAAGGAGAAGCAUCAGAGAGCGGCAACACGGACAGUUGAAGAAAAAGUCCAGGAGGCAGACAAGAAACGCGCUCCCGAGUCAGAAGGGCCUUGCACUGGAGCCAGUGAUGCUGCUAAGAGUUCACAUGAGACUCUGAAUGUAGUGGAGGAGAAGCAGCAGGCAGAGGUUGGGAAAGACGAAAGAGUAAUCACAGAAGAAAUGAACGGUAAAGAGCUAUCACCUGGGAGUGGUCCUGGGGAGACCCGUAAGGUGGAGCCUCUGACGCAGAAAGACUCCACCUCCCUGUCUUCUGAGAGCAGCAGCGGCAGCGAGAGCGAGGAGGAGGAAGACGUGGGCGAGUACCGGCCCCACCACCGUGUGACCCAGGGCACCAUAAGGGAAGAGCAGGAGGAGUAUGACGAAGAGGUGGAGGAAGAAGCCGGCCGAGCAGCCAAGGUAGUAGAGAGGGAGGAAGCAGUGCCAGAAGCCAGCCCAGGCAGACAAGCAGGUGCCAGUGUAAGCGCAGUAGAAACAGUGAUCCGGGAGAAGGUAGUGGCCCCAAAGCUAUCUGCAGAGAAGAGUGUAAACGAAGGCGCUAUUAAGCAAGACAUGAGCGAAGAAACAGAGGACGAGCAGCAUAAAGUUAACGGAGAGGUGUCUCAUGUUGACAUUGAUGUGUUGCCACAAAUUAUUUGUUGUUCCGAGCCACCAGUGGUAAAAACAGAGAUGGUAACAAUUUCUGAUGCCUCACAAAGGACAGAAAUCUCCACCAAGGAAGUCCCUAUUGUCCAAACUGAGACCAAAACCAUCACAUAUGAGUCUCCACAGAUUGAUGGCGGGGCUGGUGGUGACUCGGGGACGUUACUGACGGCACAGACCAUCACAUCUGAGUCCGUGUCGACGACGACGACAACACACAUCACCAAGACCGUGAAAGGUGGAAUAUCUGAAACAAGAAUUGAGAAACGCAUCGUGAUCACAGGAGAUGCGGACAUCGAUCAUGACCAGGCGCUGGCCCAGGCCAUCAGGGAAGCCAGAGAGCAGCACCCCGACAUGUCGGUCACGAGAGUGGUGGUGCACAAAGAGACGGAGUUGGAGGAAGGGGAAGAGUAAGUAAGAAAUGCAUUUUUUUAAACAACAUUCAACUUUGUGAACCUGAAGAAUUUUGACCAUUCCAAGUCUUAAUGCCACACCACUACUCCAGCGAAUUUAUACUACGACUGGUAACCAUGACCAGGAGCCGGAAGAAUUAAAAUGCCAACGACCAAACCUUACCUUAACAGCUCUGGUCUAUACUGUUCCCUCGCAUUUUAAUACAUUAUUUUGUUUUAUAACCACUUCUAAAUAUUCUUUUUUUUUUCUCUUAAUUAGGGAGUUUUGUUUUUGUUUUCCCGUUUGCUUUGUGUACAACUACCUGCUUUUUAAUCGCUCAUUUUGAUCAAAUGAUAGUGAACAAAGCCAGCCCAAGCUGGUAAGGUGCCGUUCACUUGAACAGGUGCUGUUGUGCAGAAAGGAAACUCAGUGACUAAUUUCAAUAGCGGCUUUCCUAUCUUCCAGAUUCUUCCCAUUGAAUUCUCACAGGAAAUAUUUACAGAUUUUCAGAUGCAGUCAAUAUACUGUACGAAGAAAUAUUAAUACAGAUUAGAAGCAUUUCUUACAUCUUGAAAAUUUUCUAAUGUUUGAGAAUUUCACUGGGGAUAUUUUUUAUAUUGAACCCUGUUGACUUUCCAGUCCUCUGACUUUGGGCCGGAAAAGUAAAAAGUCAGAGAAUGUCCAGACUGGAGAAUUACCAACAAAUUCACUGACCACGCACUGUGUUGAGAGACCCUGUCGCACCACAGUGCCAAUGCUUCUCAGACACGUGCUCUUUGGCAGCAUUCCAGAAACAGGAGGGAGGAAGAAGAGAAAAUGGUGGCUUCCCUUCUGCUAAAAUAUGCAGGCAGCUUAAAACCUUAGUGCUUUCUUUCUUAACAUGUCCAAAUUUCAGUACUUUCCAUUAUUUGAACACACUUGUGUAGAACACUUGCUUUGUAUUAAACCUCCUUGUCUACUUGUAAAACUGACCUUUUGUUAUGGAGCAGGUAUGUCUCUUUCAGACAGUUGGAUGAUUCACACGAGGUUGAGGACACCGGGGAGAGAAGCAGGGGCUGUGGUGGUUUUUUGAUGGUUGUGAGGAAGCUAGACCAUUUACCAGCAGACACCAGAGACCUGAUAGGGACCUAUUAACUGUAUUGAACGUUUUUUCCUUUGCUUUUGACCCUAUGUAUAGUUAUGAUGCCAGAUUAGAUUUAUAGCAGCUUCAAGUUGUAUUAAAUGGUAUUUUGCUUUCUGUAAUACUGUUAUAAAAUAAAGUUUGUUUAUUCUCUGAA